GGAGGAGGACGUCGUCGCCAUUUACACUGCUACAAUAGGUACCUCCCGAGGUAUGCAGGUAGGUACCUGUAUUACGCGUCUACCAUCUAAAAGUUGGGCUGUGCAGGUUGCUGUGCCACACGACAGAGAUGAGACAGGUAUACCUGGCCAGUACCUGACCAAGUACCUACAUGAAAUGGUAAAAAGCUGGUGGGUGCCCUUUGAGGGGAGUCUGCAAGUUUGGACGGUGUCUGAGAUGUACUUUAGCCGACACGGUUUCUCGAUGACGGCUUUGCCCAACGAAUUUUCCAAUCCCACCAUCCAUCAUACACCUCUCUCUCUCUACUAGGUCAUUCAUCACGUAUGCUCCCGUCACCGCCGAAAUCCCCCAUUUCGGAGAGAUGGACAUACUCCAGCGCCUAGCUCGGUUCUUGGACCGGCCUCUCUUCCCGUGGAAGAAGCUGAUCAUUGGUUUCUCCGUCGCCCAGUUCUGCUUUGAGGAGUUCUUAUCUUUCCGACAGUUCCGAGUGUUGAAGAAUACAAAGCCGCCAAAGGUCCUCGAGCAGGAGGUGUCUCAGCAGGUGUACGACAAGAGCCAGGAAUAUGGCCGAGCUAAGGCCAAGUUUGGGUUUGUGAGGAGCCUCUGGGGCCAGAUCCAGAAUGUCGCCUUCAUCCACUUCGAUGUUCUCCCGAAGCUGUGGUCUUGGACCGGUGGCCUCCUUCGUUUCCUGCCUGCUCGGUUCUCCGGCGAGAUCUCGCAUUCUAUCGUCUUCGUCCUCACCUUCAUUCUGAUUCAGCAAGCCUUGUCCCUCCCCGCGAACGUGUAUCACACCUUUGUCCUCGAGGAGAAGUUCGGAUUCAACAAGCAAACCCCCAAACUGUUCAUCUCCGACAUGGUCAAGUCGAAUCUGCUUGCUUUUGUCCUCGCGCCGCCUAUCCUCGCCGGGUUCCUCAGUAUCGUGAAGAAGACUGGGAACCAGUUCGUCACCUAUCUGUGGCUAUUCGCAGCCUUUCUGCAGGUUUUCUCGAUCACUGUCUAUCCGAUAUUCAUCUUGCCGCUGUUCAACAAGCUAUCCCCUCUCGAAGAGGGUAAGCUGAAGACGGAGACAGAGGCGCUGGCGAAGAAGCUCAAGUUCCCACUGCACGAAUUGUUCGUCAUCGAUGGCAGCAAGCGUAGCGCCCAUAGUAACGCGUACUUCUUUGGGCUUCCGUGGAAGAAACACAUCGUCAUCUACGACACGUUGAUCGAAAAGAGUGAGGAAGCCGAAGUCGUUGCUGUCCUAGCGCACGAGCUUGGCCAUUGGCAGCUCGGCCACACUACGAGGCUCUUUUUCAUCUCUCAGAUCAACGUGCUUUACAUCUUCAGCCUGUUCUCUGUCUUCAUUAACAACGCCUCCCUCUAUGCGGAUUUUGGUUUCCUCCAGGAGCAUCCUAUUAUCAUCGGCUUCAUCCUCUUUUCGGACGCAUUAGCACCUAUGGAUCUUGUGAUCAAAUUACUCAUGAACAUCAUGAGCCGUCGCUUCGAGUUCCAGGCAGACGAAUUCGCCCGCAACCUCGGCUACAAGGCUGAACUCGCUUCCUCCCUGGUCAAGCUCCAGAUCCAGAAUCUGAGUACCAUGGAUGCGGAUUGGAUGUAUGCGAGCUAUCACUUCUCUCACCCCAUCCUUUCAGAAAGAUUGAAAGCCCUCGAUUGGACGCCUACUGGGAAGGUGGUAGAGGAGAAGUCGGAAGAAGGCGGUGUCGAGAAGGCCAGCGGAAGAGAACUAUAGAAUUUGUAUUUAUAAGUCUCUUGAAGAUGGUUGUGUCUGCUAGGCGCAGGCCCUCAAGUAGAAUCGAAGACGUUUCCUAUCUGCUAAGGCCUUGGUUAUGACGUGCCGGGGCUGCGAGGGGGGUAUUUGGGUAGACACUAGGUAGGUCCUUAGGGUAUGCGUUUUGGUGGCGGUUCCUUUCGUGGCCUCGCUACCUUAAUCUUAAGGCACGUAAGACGAGUUAAAAGGUAAACCUAGUU